AUGGACAGGAGGCGGAUGUGGGAGUCAUCGUUUUUCAUCAACUCCUUCAUGAACCUCGAGACGAAGGAGCAGUACUUUUUCUACUCCAUCACCUUUGGGCAUGUUAACAAGAAGCGAGUAAUUCGUGGCUCUUUACGUCGCCGCUUUCUGUUUACCCCGGGCUACAGAUUGGGCCCUGGGGAGUAUCGCCCGUUGGCAGCUCCUCUGGUUGUAUGGCCUUUGAAGGUCUUUUUGCUUCCUUACAACCAACUGCAUAACUUCUGCAUUACUGUGGAGCAGUGGAAGAUAAGCGACUUCUCGUUCAAUAGUCUGUAUGCAUCAGCCAGACUGACCCUCAAAGAAAUCAUCGAUAUGGAGCCGGAGUUCCAGCUCCUUCUAAAACGCAAACUCCCAGGCAGCAAACGCAGUUACGAGGUGCACAAGAUGCGGGUUUCUCUUCAACUAAAUGAGGUUUUUGACAUCGACAUGGUGUUCGACAGUUGGUGGUUUCUGCCGGACAAGAAAAUGCCUGCGAAGCUUCAGCAUCACGCAAAGGCACUUUCCCUCAAUGUCCCCGUUCAGGGAAGAGGAGUCGUCAAGAAACUCACAACUAACCCCAGCAAAUUUCAACAGGGAGAAAUCAUUGGCAACAUCCGAUGCUUUGUGCGGUCCGUUGGGGUUUUGGGUUACGAGAACGUUCCCUUCCGGCCAAUGCAGACAGUCGCAGGCACUGCCCUCGUGACGCAACUUAACUUGAAGGAACAGUAUCUUGUCGUGAGAGUUUUUAAGUGCGAGAACCUCCCCGUCGCCAAUGCAGAUUCGUUUAGUUCUAACCCAAUGGUGAAGGUGAGCAACGGAUUUUAG